AAAAACCACCGAGGCAAAGUUACCGUGAAGGACUCGAACAAGGCACUAGGACCUAGGAGGCGUCUCAUCCACCCUGGCAGGAAUUUCUUGCUUGGAGCUCAGACAACAAAGGCAGAGUGAGCCUGGUUUUCUUUCUCUCAGCAUCUCCACCCUGCGCGCUGAAAACCGCUUCAGAUCUUUAGGGACCUCCAAACUAUGGAACUUGAUUUUGGACACUUUGACGAAAGAGACAAGGCGUCCAGAAACAUGCGAGGCUCCCGGAUGAACGGCUUGCCCAGCCCCACGCACAGCGCUCACUGCAGCUUCUACAGAACCAGGACCUUGCAGGCGCUGAGCAACGAGAAGAAAGCCAAGAAGGUGCGUUUCUAUCGCAACGGGGACCGCUACUUCAAGGGGAUUGUGUACGCCGUGUCCUCCGACCGCUUCCGGAGUUUCGAUGCUCUGCUGGCCGACCUGACCCGCUCCCUCUCCGACAACAUCAACCUGCCUCAGGGAGUGCGCUACAUUUACACCAUCGAUGGGGCGCGGAAGAUCGGGAGCAUGGACGAGCUGGAGGAAGGGGAGAGUUACGUCUGCUCCUCCGACAACUUCUUCAAGAAGGUGGAAUACACCAAGAACGUCAACCCCAACUGGUCCGUCAACGUGAAGACCUCUGCCAACCAGAAGGCCCCUCAGUCUCUGGCCAGCAGCAACAGCGCCCAGGCGAAGGAGAACAAGGACUUUGUGCGGCCCAAGCUGGUGACCAUCAUCCGCAGCGGGGUGAAGCCGCGCAAGGCGGUCCGCGUGCUCUUGAACAAGAAGACUGCCCAUUCCUUUGAGCAAGUUCUCACCGACAUCACCGAAGCUAUAAAACUGGAGACAGGAGUGGUCAAAAAGCUGUAUACCCUGGAUGGGAAACAGGUGACCUGUCUCCACGAUUUCUUUGGGGAUGACGACGUGUUUAUCGCCUGCGGUCCAGAGAAGUUCCGCUACGCACAGGACGACUUCUCUCUGGAUGAAAGUGAGUGCCGGGUGAUGAAGGGGAGCCCCGCGGCCGCCACGGGCAGCAAGUCAUCCCCCACCCCCCAGAAGAGCUCCGCCAAGAGCCCCGCGCCCAUGCGCCGCAGCAAGUCCCCCGCCGAUUCAGGUAACCAGCCCGAUGCAAAUGGGACCUCAAGCAGUCAGCUCUCUACACCCAAAUCAAAGCAGUCCCCGAUCUCCACACCUACCAGCCCAGGGAGCCUCCGUAAGCACAAGGACUUGUAUCUGCCUCUGUCUUUGGAUGACUCCGAUUCCCUUGGAGAUUCCAUGUGA